AUGUCUAUCUAUCUAUCUAUCUAUCUAUGGCUUGUUUAUGCUUCUAUCUAUCUUCUAUUUAUGUCUAUCUAUCUAUCUAUCUAUCUUGGCUUGUUUUAUGUCUAUCUAUCUAUCUAUCUAUCUUGGCUUGUUUAUGUCUAUCUAUCUAUCUAUCUAUCUUGGCUUGUUUAUGUCUAUCUAUCUAUCUAUCUAUCUUGGCUUGUUUAUGUCUAUCUAUCUAUCUAUCUAUCUUGGCUUGUUUAUGUCUAUCUAUCUAUCUAUCUAUCUUCUUGUUUAUGUCUAUUUAUCUAUCUAUCUAUCUUGGCUUGUUUAUCAUCUAUCUAUCUUGGCUUGUUUAUAUCUAUCUAUCUAUCUAUCUUGGCUUGUUUAUGUCUAUCUAUCUAUCUAUCUAUCUUGGCUUGUUUAUCUAUCUAUCUAUCUAUCUUGGCUUGUUUAUGUCUAUCUAUCUAUCUAUCUAUCUUGGCUUGUUUAUGUCUAUCUAUCUAUCUAUCUAUCUUGGCUUGUUUAUGUCUAUCUAUCUAUCUAUCUAUCUUGGCUUGUUUAUGUCUAUCUAUCUAUCUAUCUAUCUUGGCUUGUUUAUGUCUAUCUAUCUAUCUAUCUAUCUUGCUUGUUUAUUUCAUCUAUCUAUCUAUCUUGGCUUGUUCGAAUUUAUGUCUAUCUAUCUAUCUAUCUAUCUUAUCUUGUUUAUGUCUAUCUAUCUAUCUAUCUAUCGGCUUGUUUAUGUCUAUCUAUCUAUCUAUCUUGGCUUGUUUAUGUCUAUCUAUCUAUCUAUCUAUCUUGGCUUGUUUAUGUCUAUCUAUCUAUCUAUCUUGGCUUGUUUAUGUCUAUCUAUCUAUCUAUCUUGGCUUGUUUAUGUCUAUCUAUCUAUCUUGGCUUGUUUAUAUCUAUCUAUCUAUCUUGGCUUGUUUAUGUCUAUCUAUCUAUCUUGGCGAUUGUUUAAUGUUUAUCUAUCUAUCUUGGACGAGACAUAAUCGUAUCUUGUUUAUGUCUAUCUAUCUAUCUUGGCUUGUUUAUGUCUAUCUAUCUAUCUAUGUUUAUUUAUCUAUCUAUUUUGGCUUGUUUUCUAUCUAUCUAUCUAUCUUGGCUUGUUUAUGUCUAUCUAUCUAUCUAUCUAUCUAUCUAUGGCUUGUUUAUGUCUAUCUAUCUAUCUAUCUUGGACAAUUUAUGUCUAUCUAUCUAUCUAUAGGCUUGUUUUGUCUGUCUAUCUAUCUAUCUUGGCUUGUUUAUGUCUAUCUAAAAUCUAUCUAUCUAUCUAUCUUGGCUUGUUUAUGUCUAUCUAUCUAUCUAUCUAUCUUGGCUUGUUUAUGUCUAUCUAUCUAUCUAUCUUGGCUUGUUUAUGUCUAUCUGUUCAUAUCUUAA